GGCAUCCCCCUAACCAGGCAGGGUCGGGCAGCGGCAGCCGGGCAGGACCAGCCCAGGACCAGCUCUGGGGCUUGCUGCAGCACCGGCACCCUGGGCAAUGCGAGCGAUGGCAGACCAGGCUGCGAUGGCAGCAGACGCUUCUCCAGCCCUGGCACCAUCCCCAGGCUCACCUCGGCACGGGGACACCGAUGGGCUAAUGCCCCAUCCCACCAGCAGCAGGGAGGAUGGCGGCAGCCAGGACGGCUGCAGGCUCGUUUUCACCAUGGACGGGGAUGUGAAGGCUCCUUCCUCACCCCAGCCCAGGGGGAUGCUCCUGGCCGACCUCCCGCGGGCCCCCCAGCCCCGGCUGAGCCCUGCCAAGUCCCGCACGGCCCCGUCCUCCCCCAGUGUCUCCCCAUCGGAGAGCCGCGCUGCCCUGCUCCGGCUGCGGGAGGCCAGGCUGGAGGACACCAAAAGGCGGCUGUCAGAGGCCGUGCAGGAGCCCCUCAGCCGGCUCAGCCGGCUCAUGGCCGAGGAGAGCGGCCCCAUGCCCCGGGUGAAGGCAGGCACCGGGGGGCAAGAGGCAGGGGGCAUUCCCGGGCAGGGGGGCGGCCGUGGGGCUGGGGGACGCCGGGCACGGGACUGGAGCCCCUGGGAGCCCCCCCUGAACUGCCGCUACGAGAUCUGCUCCUACGGGGACGUGAUCCAGGUGGUGGAGGUGGCACAGCAGGGUGCCGAACCCCGGCUGCCACCCCCCAAGGAGCCUCCGCCAGCACGGCCGGGGGCCACGGUGCCAGGCAGAGCUCUCGCCUCCAUUGCCCUCCUCGCCUACGGCUACUUUGCCCUGCCACUGCCACCCUAUGCCGCUGGCCUCUGCCUGGGGCUCAUCUGCGGGCUGGUGCUGGGCUUCCUCGCCGUCGUCCUCUUCGUGCCGAAGCCUCUGCCAGUGGCACGGGGACCACGGGGCCGUCUGCAUCCCGAGCUGCUGCCAGGAGAGCCAAGGGAAACCCACCGCCUCCAGGGCUGGAUGAACCAGCUGCACCUCUACGACCCUGAGCUCUUCCACCCCUCGCUCACGCACUCGGUGCUCGCCACGCUGGAUGGGGCCACCCUCAAGCUCUCCUACCCCAAGAGCAACAUCCCACGCCGAGCCACCUUUGAGGAAGAAAUCCUUGACACCACCUUCAUCAGCCACCGCUGCUACGACUUGACCGACGCCAAGGUCUUCCUCUGCCCCCCCAGCCUGGCCCGAAAGCGGACGUGGAACCAGAAAUACCCCAUCUGCGUCCUCCUCCCUGACCCAGUGGAGGUAGAGUGCAGGAGCAGCAAGGAGCACGACGCAGAGCCGCAGAGGGACGAAGGGACAAAGAAGACACCGGUGCCAGGGCAGGACAUCCCAGGGGACUGCGGGGAGAGGUGCCUGUACCUCUUUGGGCGGACGGGGAGGGAGAAGGAGGAGUGGUACCAGCACCUCGUGCGAGCCUCCCACCGGACACCCAGCAGCAGCUGCGGUGAAGCCAGGGCAGGCAUGGGAGCGGCUCUGCGGAGCAGUGGCAGCAGCAGCGGAGGGAGCGCCGAAGACAUCCCCUCCACCAUCCCACCCAAGGACCUGGCGGGAAGCGUCCGACAGAAGAUUUUCCUGGAUUACAGCACCUACAUGGCCCGAUUCGUGCCAGCGCAAGUGGGGGGCAGCCCGGACCGGAGCCCCUCUCACGGAGAACUGGGCAGCCCUACACCCACAAAGGUGAGUGGGACAAAUCCAACGCUGGGAGCAGGACCCGAGUGCUAAGCGGUGGCUGACAGACCCUGUGUGCUGCUUCUGUGGUUCUUCUCCUCCCUCCCGGUGCCGCGGUUUGAGCAGCCAAGCUGUGCUGCACGAGAGCACCCAGCCAGCGGGCCACCACUCGAGGUCCUACCCUCACCCCAGGGGCUCGUGGCUUCCUACCCUCCGCAGCUUGGCGAGGACACGGCUGGGCGCAGCGAGGCGUGCAUGGCCUGGAUGAACGCGCUGGUGGGGCGCAUCUUCUGGGACUUCCUCCGGGAGCGAUACUGGGCUGAGCAGGUGUCCAGCAAGAUCCAGAAGAAGUUGAGCAAGAUCAAGCUCCCAUAUUUCAUGAAUGAGCUGGCGCUGACAGAGCUGGACAUGGGCACAUCCAUCCCCUCAGUCCUCAGUGCCUCCAACCCCACUAUCAAUGACCAAGGGCUCUGGGUGGACCUGGAGGUCACCUACAGCGGCUCAUUGCAGAUGACACUUGAGACAAAGAUGAACCUCUGCAAACUGGGGAAGGAAAGCACUGCAGAGGAGAGCAGCCUGGCAGAGGCAGGCGGAGAGGGGGCCAGGCCACGGCUGAUCCUGCUGGCAGACAGCGAUGCAGAGGCAUCCAGCGCCGGCUCCUCCGAUGAGGAAGACAUCACCACUGCAGAGCCCGCAGGAGCCCUGGGGGAGCGCAUGCCACCACCUGGCACCGAGGGCCACAUCAGCAGCAACAGCACGAGCCGGAAGAUCCUGCGCUUUGUGGAUAAGAUUGCCAAGUCCAAGUACUUCCAGAAGGCCACUGAAAACGAGUUCAUCAAAAAGAAGAUCGAGGAGGUUUCCAACACACCGCUGCUGCUGACGGUGGAGGUGCAGGAGCUGGCAGGCACCUUGGCUGUGAACAUACCACCACCACCAACGGACCGUGUCUGGUACAGCUUCCGAGUCCCACCCCAGCUGGAGCUGAAGGUGCGCCCAAAGCUGGGUGAGCGGGAGGUGACGUUCCUCCACGUCACCGAGUGGAUUGAGAAGAAGCUGCAGCACGAAUUUCAGAAAAUUUUGGUGAUGCCAAACAUGGACGAUGUCAUCAUUCCCAUCAUGCGCUCUGGCCUGGAUCCUCAGCCACCCGCUGGGGGACUGCCCAGGGACCUACCGGCCAAGGGAGAGAAGAGGCUCUGA